UAAGACCCGAUAGCUGGUACUGGCCGUAGGGAGUGUUUUUGUCAGAUUCCGGUGCACAACCGACUAGCCAAUAAAGAGACCGAGUGAUGAAGGACGGCGAAGUGGAUAAUGGUGGCAGCGACAAUCCGCGGGAAGUUGCCGGAGCGGAUGGCCCGCUGGAAAAUGUUCCGGCACCGCCGACCGAAAUAGCAGCCUCGAUUGUACGCUCCAGCCUGGCACAGAUAGAAAUAAAAGCGUCCGCAAUACUGACACGGAUCGAGCACGUCACGGGUGGCGUGCAAACCGGUGGGCAAAGCCAGUCGGCACCGAAACCAGACGUGCAGUCGCGCUCGGGCUCGAUAAAGGAACCGCUGCCGUCGAAGAAAUCGCCCCGCGAGGUGAUGGCAACGCUGGAGGACUUUCUCGCCAACCUGUGCGGUGACGACGAGCAGCAGGACGGCUGUCUGCCGGUGCUCGACGAAGUGUCCCAGCUGGCGGUGCUGCAGCAUUCGACGGCGGCGUACGUACGUACCCUCAGCCGCAAGCAGCUGCUCCUACUGGUGGAACGGGUGCGGUGCGAAACCGCCUACUGGCUCGGGAAGCUGUUCAAAUUCGCCAUGUUCCACACCGCCUUCUAUCGCGACGAUGCCGAGUGCACGCUGCAGGUGCUGCGCAUCGCGUACCUGCACCAUCAGACCGAACUCCGUGCGGCGGUGACCGAGACGGGCCCGUCCGGCAUGAGCAUCUAUCUGUCCGAUAAGUCCGAGCUGCUGCCGGUGGUGGAGAAUACCUGCCGCUACAUGGGCUGGUCGCAGUCGUGCAUUCGGCUCGUUCCGUCGGAGCAGGCGAGCGAUGCCGCCGAUGGCAUUGCCGGUCGGAUGAACCUCAACGCGCUGGAGAGCAUGAUCGAGGCGGACCUUGGGUACGACAUCCGCCCGAUGAUGGUGAUCGGCACCGUCGGGUCCGCGACGACCGGUGCUAGCGACGAUCUCGAGAAGCUCAUCGCCAUUUGUGCCUCACAUCGCGUAUGGUUGCACUGCCAUGGUUACGGGUUGGCCGCCCUGGUGCUCACCAAACAUUGGGUAGGUAAACCCCACCCCCGCCUUUCUCGGGUGCAUCCGUUUCAAAACAUUUCUCCUCCACAGAUGACCACGCAACCCAACUCGAUGACGCUCAGCCUCGACGCCUGGCUUGGCGUGAUCGGCGUUCCGUCGGUGCUCGUGCACAAAUCACCGAACGAUCCGGGCUGGUUCCAGGGCGUGUCCACCGUGUUCGACAGCGAUCCGGUGCUGUCGACGCGGAUCUCCAGCCUGAGCGUGUGGUCGGCCUUAGAGGUGCUCGGCGCGGACCAGCUGGCCGAGCGUAUCUUCUCCGCGUUCGACUCGUGCCAAGAGCUGUGCAAGAUGCUGCUCCAGUUCGACGGCAUCCACGUCGUGACCAAACCGAUGUUCUACGAAUCGAGUGAAUCAUAUCGGAAAAUAUUAAUGCAAGCGUACGAUUACGAGACGUUGUUCGGACAAGCCGUGCCUAUAGUGUUGUUCCAGUUUGAUGGCCACGGCAGUUCGCGGAGCCACUCCGAGCAGUCCGCUGAGGCCGAGGAGGAGGGAGAGGCGAAGGAGCAGGAGGAGAGGGAGAACGAAGAAGGAGCGGCUGCGUUGCCGGCGGAAGACGUCGGCAUCAGAAAGAACCGCUCGAACGCACAGUACUACGAUCGGCUGAAUAGUUGGUUCGGGCAGAAUCUGGUGCAGGACGCGCCCCAGCUGAACGUGACGGUGAUGGAGCACGAGGUGUACGGCACGGUCAUCCGCUACUGUCCGUUCGGGACCGGCUACGCCGAGCAGCUGCCACGCACGACCGAGACGCUGCUCGGCAUCGAGCGCUCGCUCGAGACGCACAUCGAAAUCCUGCGCUCCACCGUCCUGCACCGGGUGCGCUUCCAGCAGCUGGUGGCCGAGAGCAGCGUGCUCCGGCUGGUCGAGCUGCACGACUGGGCCGGGCUCGGCGUUGUGCAUUACGUGCCUGAGGGCUGGGAGUCGCUCGGCACCGACCAGGCGAAGGACUACCUGAACAAGCUCAACCAGGCGCUGGUCGAGGCGCUCCAGGCAACCGACAGCGCCUUCUCCCAGGGCGAGAGCAGCGAGGGGUUAAUCUGUGUUAAAUUCGGCAUGGUGAUGAGCGAAACGGACGUGGACGAGCUGCUGGAGCUGGUGAUACAGACGGCGCGCUCGGUGCAAGAAAAAUCCAAGGUCUUCGACACGAUGACCGAGAUACUGAAGAAGGGCAUCGAGGCGGCUACGAUCGAUCUGCAGCGCGAGGCGGAGGAGAAGCUCCGGCAGGAGGGUAUCCUGCGCCAGAUGCCGCUGGUCGGGCGGGUGGUCAACUGGUGGGCCCCGCCGUCCAAGGAGACGGGCAUGAAGGGCCGCAGCCUCAACCUCACGCAGGGUGUCGUCGAGAGUACGGAGAAUAUUUACAAGUACCACAUGCAGAUGACGCCACAAACGUCGAACCAGCUGCCCGGCAAUAAGGGUCCCCCGGCACCGUUGGUUCAGAAACCGAUCAGUCCCGACCAGCGCCAGCAGCAACCGGCGCAACAGCCACCCGCUGCUAACCAACAGCAGGUCGAGUCGGCUCAGCAUUCGCGCAAUGCCAGUUCGAGCAGUGAGCUGUCCGGUCGGGGUGUCGCUACCGGCACCACGCCACCCGUGCUCAUCAAGCUGCCGACCCGAAAGCCGAUGAUGCCUCUCGUACAGCAGAUGCAGCAGGUGCAAUUGCAGCAGCAACCACCAUCAUCGCCACCGCAGCAGGACUCUCAGGAUCGGGUGACCAGCUCCACGCCGUAGAAUAAGGAGGCGGUAGAAAGGGGGUACGUAUAACCAGCCGGCGCCACCAGCAAUAAGCGAGAAGAUAGGGGAGGGCGUUUACCAAAGCCGUUUUUAAUCAUUUAAGUUUCCUUGACCACUUUCCUUCCGUUCGCUUUCGCGUCGCCGUGCUGCGCCGGGGGAUUCGUCACGCACGAAGCGUGAUCUUCUGUUUCCGUUUUUUUUGUACGUUUUAAUUUCCUGUUUCGUUUUCACCUCCGACGCCCUUGUUAGUGUGAGCUCUCUCCUUCCGUUCUUUUCUCGAGCCCACGCUGGAAGUUUUAUUUUGUUUUUAAGUUAUAGCCUCUUCUCUCCAAUUCCUCUUACACCGUUUUCGAGCCCAGGUAAGCAUCGUUCAACUGCUUCUGUAUCACUGUUCAACCGUAAGUGAACAUUUGACGUCCAACUGAAAUACUGUUGCCUAUCUGUGCAUGAUCCAAACGCAAAUGAAUAAAGUUCAAUCGCAACGAAACAUUUGAUGCCUCCGAUGUCAAUGCAGGUUUAUAUUGGCCGGAUUAGUUUUUUUGUCCUAUUAUCGCUUUUUAAAAUCUUUGUAAAACAAUCAUUGAGUUGGAAAUCUUAUGGUAAAUAAUUAGCUGCGGAGCACAAAGAGCUUUUUUAAUCAUUCAAGUGAGUUAUUGACGAACAUGGCAGACGAAAAUAAUGAAGAAAUGCCAUCCCAAAAUCCACGAAAACUUACAACAACUGUAAAACGACUUCUUACGAAGAUUAAGAACUUUUUAAGCCGAAUGCCGAUUAUCAUAAGAUUUUAAUG